UUCAAAAUGGCGGAGGAGGCGUGACGAAUUUUGUUGUUUUGUCUUGUCUGGCCACGUAAACACUUUUAAGAAGUUAUUAAACGUCACUGGGAUAUUUUGAAAGUUGUACAGGAGUUUGGCGAAGGUCCUAGCUAAUCGAGAAUGAUAUGAGCUCGCCACGAACUCGGUACACGCACAGUACUCCGACCCCGGACGAGAUCAGAGACGCGCUCGGGACGAUGGUGACCGAGGCCCCGCCCGCUGUCCGGCCAGCCAACGGUGCGACCUGGAGGCGGUUCCUGGUGCAGUUCCGCUAUGACCUGCGCUACAAACUGGUGUUUCUAGUGACAGCGAUAUUCCUGGUGUGGGCAGCCUUACAACAUGGGCCAAGACCCAGGGUCCUACAUUAUGUGUGGAGUUAUGGAGAUCUGGUGGUUCUACCAGAGGAAGAUGUGAUGUCUCAAGGUGCCGUGUGUCUGGACGGGACACCUCCUGGAUACUACUUAAGGAGAGGAACAGACAAAGGCAGUAAGAACUGGAUUAUCUAUCUGGAAGGCGGAGGUUGGUGUUGGGACGUGGCAGACUGCUCCAGACGAAGCCUGACGGACUACGGUUCAUCCAAGUACUUCAGAUGGAACUUCCCCUUCGAUGGAAUCCUGUCCAACUCCCCUGCAGUCAACCCUAACUUCUACAACUGGAACGUGGCUAUGCUUAAGUACUGUGACGGGGCUUCUUUCGCAGGUAACAGAACAGAUGUAGCGGUACACGAGGGUAAACCCCUGUACUUCCGGGGCAGACGGAUUCUACAGGCACUGCUGGACCAUCUCAUGUCACAUGGACUGGACAAGGCACAGAGGGUCAUCCUUAGUGGGGUCUCAGCUGGAGGGUUAGCUGUGAUGCUGCAUGCAGACUAUGUCAAAACCAGACUGCCGGCGGGGGUGAAGUACCACGCACUACCAGACGCCGGCUUCUUCCCCGACAUUAAAAACAUCACGGGCCACGAUCACAUCCGUAUCCUGUACCAACGCUCCUUCAACAUGCAGAACUGUGCAGGUGGAGUAGACGCAGACUGUAUAAAAGACAAGACGGAGGAGACCCAGUGGCAGUGCUACAUGGCGCAGUACGCGUACAAGUACGUGCAGACACCCAUGUUCAUCACCAACUCAGGCUACGACUACUGGUCGCUGUGGUUCAUCUACAACCUCCGCUGCUAUCCAGAACAGUGUCCGGAAAAACGCGAAAAACUUCAGGCGUGGCACGAGAGAAUUCUCUCCAUCACGUACCAGAUCAGGAAGUCGCAAAAAGACGGGAUCUUCCUGCCGUCAUGCUACAUCCACUCGCUGACGUCGUUCGCGUACACGUGGACGGACUAUCUCGUGUCCGGGACAAGUCUCCGUGACGCUUUCUACAAGUGGUACACGGGAAAAACCCCGUCGGUCGUGGCCAAUUACUUUGAUGAGCCUUAUCCGAAAAAUCCCACUUGUCCCUGGACAAUGGACUUUUACAACAGGGUGACUCAGAGGCUGAAGGCAUACGACUUUUAUGUGGAAUAGAUGCAGAUUUUUUUUCUAACACAAUACUGUAUGUAGCAAAGUUCGUUCAUGUGGCUGACAUGCAUAAUUGUGAUACCUUCAGUGCCGGCUGCCAUGCCAUGAUCGUGAAAGUAGUGUCUUCAUCGAUGCCAACAUGUUGUUCAAGGGAAAAAAAUACAAUGUUGGUGAAUGUGGUUCAACUAUGGAAAUUAACUUGAAAACGAUAUUUUACUAUUCCAAGUCCAAGAUGUGGUGUAUAUUUUUCAUUGCUGACAGCAGUGACAGCUGUAAGAAACCUAUGCAAUAUGGUGGGAGCAAAUUUUUAUGUUAUAAUUUGUGUGGUAUGCAUUUGUUUUGACUAGAGAUGAGGAGUAAGAAUGUAUAAUGGUGUGUAUGGGAUAUGGACCAAAAUAGACAUAUAUUAUUUUGUACUUUGGUGGUUUAAUUAUUGUCUUCAAUAGAACUGUAAAGAGUUUAUUAAGGUGCAAUAUUAUAUUUUAAAUUCCUACAGAGUACUUCAAAAGUAAAAUGUAAGGUUGUGUCCUGAAUAUAAGAAACAAGUUUGGGUGCAAAAUGAGUAAUCAUUUGGUAUAUCUUCAGUUGCUUUUCAUUUUGUCGGUGGUUCAACUAUAAUGCGUUUGUGAGUGAGUAUAACGUAUAAAUUAAUUAAGAUUUGCAGAUAUCAUUUUUUUGUAUUCAGCGAGAACUUAAGUUUUGAAGCUUUGACAUAAUGUGCUUAUGGUAUUAACUGGUUUGUUCCAUGAACAAAAAGGUCUGUACAAAAUGUUCACCAUACAUGUGUAUUCAAAUAGUACCCAGGGAAAGUUAAGGUGGGAAAAUAUUACAAACAGUGUAACUUAGGGUUAAAUAUAGGGAAUUUUUGUCAUUAUUGAUAAUAUACAAGGUACAGAAUUCUGAUAGUUCAUACUGUUUCAAAAAUGUCACAUUCUUUCUCAAGAUUGGCAUCUUUCUUUCGUAGCAAAAUAAAGCACAUCUUUCU